GACGUUGUUUUUUUGCGAUUUGGCAGUUCAUCCUUUUCGAGAUUGUGUUUCCGACAUUGCACUGUCCACCACAUGCCACACGCACGGCGCGGGAGAGGGUCGGCCAUCUGUCAUGGAUGACUCACCAGCCAGUUGCACGCCUGAUGACGGCAGGUCAGCAGAACGGCCACCCACUUGGCCCGCGCGUGGCAACGCUACGCCGGUGUCACCGCAUGCCGGACAACGCGGUUUGCUGGGAGUUUCCCCUUAUGGCAGCCCGGAUGACACGCGAUCAACAAAGAGGCCUCGUGUUCACUCUCUUUCGCCUACGGUCGUCGUCACUCCCGGCGUUGCAGUUGUGCAUUCUCCGUUGCCGCCCUUGUUGCCGUCUCCAGCGCGCCGUCCAUACACUCCGAUACACCCUUUGUCGGAUUUCGAUGCGUUGUGUUUUCCUGUGCUGUGGCCGCCAUUGCAACCUCGCCGUUUGCAGUUUUUGUCGUGUGCUGCGCAGCCAUUUCCUCCUCCUCCACUUUUCAAUGGACGCGACGGGUUGGACUCCAUCCCCUUGGAGGGGUGUUCUCAAUCAUCAAGAGCGGUGUUUGGAAGUGGAGGGUCCACACUGCGUGACGAAGAACGUCGGAGUGUAGAACCGCGGGUCUCACAUUCGUUCGCCGCAUCAGGUCAUGGGCAGGGGGGUGUAUUGGAUGAUGCACGUCGUGCCUCUGCCGGGGACACCUAUGACCGUAAUUACGCCCGUCGCUCUCUCGUCUCCUGGUUCGACGAGGAUGAAAUUGUGAGUGGUAGCGGAGAUGGGCCCGACCGUUGCGAUCCUGGCGCUCAAAAUCUUGGUGCGGGUCAUUCUGAACACUCGGGCGGGUCCUUGGGGCAAUUCGGUUCGCAGUCAACUGGUUCCACGAAGUACUCUCGUUUGUUUUUGACUACCGCUUGCAAGGAGAGACUGCGCCUUUUACAAUCUGAGAUGAACGAAGUGAGCAACAAGUCUGGGAUCAUGAGCGAUGUCAUAGACCGACUGUUGCAUUGGUCAUCGCCAGCUAUCCGAUCAGAGUUUGGGGAUGGUGUGGCGUCGAGGAUCGAGAGAACACUACCGGCCGACAGUCAUGCAGAUGUGUUUCGUCUCGGAGCAGGAGGGGAUGAUUCGACAGCGGACGCUGAGGAUGAUGGCGAGCGUGAGGGUGAAGGGAGCGGUGGAGGCAAUGGCGGGUCAUUUUGUAGGUCGGAUGAUUCACUACCGCGUUCAGGGCACGGGUCACAGCAUGGCCGCAGAUCGCGCGGGAGGCCACCAAGCCGUGGCAGGUCGCGUUCGCGUUUCGAACAUGUACGUCCUUUGUGCUGGGAUGAUAUGAAGGAUGGUGCCUUGCAAAGAGGACCUUGCAAUAAUCGGUCUAAACAUGUGUUGAAAUCGAUGGGGCGUUGGGGAGGCUCGGAAGCGCCUGAUGUCGUCUUUGUGGAGCCGGUGAAGCUGCUGCAGUUGCUCGGGUUGUUCGAUUUGAGUUGCCCGCGCCACAGGGGCGGUUGUGCUGUGGAUGUGUCCUCUGUCGGUUAUCUUGGGCAGAUUUGUUGCAUUUCGCUCGCUUGUAAGAAGUCAUGUCGUUGGACAUGGCACAGUGCACUGGUUGGGGGAGUUGUGUACUCUUGCAGACUUCAGCAGCAGUUGUUCCAUGCGACCGUCACUGCCGGUGUGACAUAUACCGUCCUCAACGACUUCUGCAUCGCGUUUGGGGUGACACCUGUGCACAAACCCACUUUUUACAGUUGCAUGCGCGGUGAGCCGAAUGUGCGUGAGGGUUGGAAUGCAAAGGUUAUCAGGCAGAGCGUGCGGUAUUGCGACUUGGCCAUUGACACGGUUAUGCGAUCAGGGAGACCCGUCACUUUGAUGGUUGACGGUCGCUACGACUCGGCCAGGUCUGCGCAGCAUUGCACUAUUACCGCGAUUGAGUGUGAUACUCGUCUUGUGGUGGGUGUUCACACUCUUCAGCCAAAAAAUGAGGGAAAGGCGUCGAACCAACUUGAGGUUCCUGCAGUUGUGCGCCUGUUGAGAGGCCUGCUGUUGAGGGGGUUGAAGAUCCGGUGUGUUGUCUCCGACGAUUGUGCUGCAUUGGGUCCACAAUUGGAGCGCCUGGGUAUUGAAUGGCAGAAGGAUUGCCAUCAUAAGGUAAAAAACAUUCGCAAGGCAAUUAGAAAAGUCGUGACACUGAAGGUGCCAAAGAAAUUGAACAACCCUCAUCAGUGCGUGUCGGAAUCUCAGUUUAUGCAGUUCACGAAGAAGGAGUUGUUGGAUGCCUUGAUGGACCGUUAUGAACCAGGGUCUUUGACGGCAAAAGAAGAACGAUUGAAGAAGAGCGACUUCGUUGCUCUUGUGAUGAGCAAAAUGUACCCCUUUGCAGAGAUGAGGGAGGCGACUUUGUCACUCUGCACAAUAAUGUCAAUGAUCGCCGACCAUAUGGCCGGGGACCACUCCAGGUGCGUUGCGGACAGAGAGCUUUUAUGCUCAAAGGGGGGUGGCCCAUCUCGGCUGCCUCUGUACACGCACGACGACCCCGUGUAUGACAUCAUUCACCAGACGUUGGGCAGGCAUUGCAGCACGACCGUCUGUUCGUACUACACGGAGUUCCGCCACAUGUCGACGGUUGCGACCUUCCAGGGCACAAUCAUCAUUUACGCGAAGAAGGCCUUGCAUUUCGAGAAGUCAUAUGAGCCGCGUUUGGCGAUUGCAGUCAUUCGAUGGAACAGUCAUGCAUGGCAGGAUCCCUUGGAGUAUCGUGUCCGCAGGCCUUCUGGGACUUCGAUUCGUCCAAGGCCGAGCCAUUACCGUCACAAUCGGCCACCUACCGAUUCGUGGAUGGAUCGGCUGUCCACGUUCAUCUUCGGUUCAAAAUGUGUUUCAGAUUGGGCUCGACGCCUUCUCGAGUACGACGACUGUGAUGUGUCGGGCGAGGUCAAGUCCUCGACACCUCCUCUGCCUCGCGAUCUUUUUUGCAGAGGCGAGGAUACCAUUGCCCGUGACGAGGACGACGUUGCUUCAGGUGCGGAUCCCGACGUUGUGGGGGAUGACGAUGUUUUCAUCAUUGGUGACGGGGAUGGGUUGCCUGGACCAGCGGAUGCCGUGUUCGAUCGAUCAUGCGAUUCUCUAUCGGGCGCAGAUGAUGUCGAGUUGUUCGACGACUGACAUUAUGUUAUGUCGUAGUAUCUUGUACAUGCGACUUUUAUGUUUGUUGCCUUUUUAGUUUGAUUGCGAAGACUGA